CAACACCGAAGAACGGGGAUUUGGACGAGGCCUCGUUUGGCAGUGUCGAGGUAGGGAGACAAGAAUAUUGGACAAAUAAAGAUUGGACCCGUGGAAAAUAUAAUUACAACAGGUAACCUUGGUCGAGUUGUAUUGUUCAUGUUUUACUUCUAACAUAAAACUUUGGGUUGGGUCAGAAUAAUAUUCCUGAAAAACAGCAGUUUUCAUUUAGCUAACGUUAGCUAGCUAGCUAACGUUACAUGUUAGUCGAACAUUUGCCAUAUCGCUAUCCAUCACCCUUAGCCAAGUAGUUAGCUAACUAGCUAUACAUUCCUCUCUUAAAUUGGCCAUUUUUCAAGUAGGUAUAUUUAGGAAAUAUAACAUAUAUUGCUUUUUAGUUACCUAGCAGACGUAUUCGCCAACGAAGUGACCAACUUGCUAGUUACUAGUUGCACCAGGUGGCUAACGUCUGACGUUAGUUAGGUACUGUAGUUUAACUAGUUAGCUAACACGCCUUUAGCUACAAAAACAUGGACGUUUGGAAUGCCAUCACCAACAAGGCAGCCAUACCCAUAGACUAGCCAAGGGGGACCUGGAUUAUUGACACGUCAACUAAUGUAAUGAACACAUGAUCAUGAGUCAUGACCAUAUCUAUCAUGUUACUCUCAUUGUUAGUAUUUUGUCCCCUGCAAGUGGUUGAUGGCAAGCUGCCUGUAAUAUUUGACCAGCUAGUUAGUUAGCUAGCAAGUUCAUUUGAUAUAACAUUAACAAGAUGGUUGGUCGCUGGCCUGACCCUUCUUGCCAAAACUGUCUGCCUUGUCACCUAGCUAGUUAGCUAUGUGGCAAAAUGACCCAAUCAGAUUCACUAAUCUUAUCACUAUACUGUAAUCAGUUUUCAAACCAUAUUUGCUGAAAUGUCCCAUGUCAGCACUAGAGUAUGCAUAGCUCUUGCCUGUUUAGUCUUUGCUUGAUUUGGUAUUGUUGAUCAAGUUCUGUUGGAAUCAGUGGUGGUAACUUUAGAUUUUUAAACAAAAAACAGGUGUGUCCGAGGUUAUCCAUGAGUCACAGUUUCUAAGAAUUUAUAGUUGCAUGCAUCAACACAUUCAUCUAGACGCAACCCUGAACUGGUUGUGUUACUAAAUCAUGAAGCUGUUGGCAGAUGACUUCCAACCCCUUUUAUUCUUACUCUGUGUGAUGUGCUUGUCUGUGCUAUGGAAAGUGAACAGAUGUGAUAUCAAAUUGUGUGGAUUUUGCUCAUUGUCCCUGCAGCCAUGAUGGAAGAACUGCACAGCCUGGACCCGCGGCGCCAGGAGCUGCUGGAGGCUCGCUUCACUGGGGUCGGCGUGGCUAAGGUCUGUGUUACUACACUAUAUCAUUGGUGAUGAGAGAGGCCUAUAUAGGGUCCUGCUCCUUUCCCGCUCCACCCUUUCCCCUAAUGUAGGACUGACAGAACGGGAUCUUAGUAUUGCACAUUUAUUUUAGGACCAUAUCUAUCUUUCUUUGUCUCUCUCUCACCCCUUCUCUUUGUUUCUCCCUUUCUUUGUUUGAUUCUCUAUUUCUGGUUGAGCUUGGCCAGGGACAGGCUAGCCCCCUCCGCCUCUCUCUGGAGAAUGUAGAGCUGUGUGUCUGUGUUUGUUGGCUGGUGUGAUAUGGUAUCCUGUCCUCCUGGCUCAUGAUGUGGCGGCUGCAUAUGCAAGUGCCGAGGGCUGCCAAGAAGGGAACGGGCAGGAGGGGGAAGUGGGGCAGGGAAGGGCAGGAAUGCCAGUCACCCUCACGCGUAGAAACCCUGGCCAGAUGUUAUGGCAGUAGCGCUCUGGCUUUUGAUUAGAGGUCCUGCCUGGUGGUGCUGAGGUAGACUCCAUCUUAGAGAGCUGCCUUUGUGGAAAGUGAACCGGAGCCCAGAGAGCGAUUCAAAGCCAGGACUGGGCUCUAUGCCAGCCAUAGGCAGAACUGAGCCCAGAGCAUGGUGCUGUCGCAGAGAAAAUGGCGGCUCCCGCUAAGGCAUCACACCACGGCCGCCCCGUCUGACCAGGGUCCGUCUGACAGAGUUGCAGUGUGUGGAAAGACUGGGAGAGAAAGAAAGGAAGUAUUAGCCUAGAGAGAAAUGAGAGACAUAUAGCCUGCCCUGGUGUUGGAGGUCUGAAAGCCCCAGGAUAUGGUGGGGGCAGCUCAGCCUGUGUCUCUCGACCUUGAACAGCCCUGUAGCUCUGCUCCCUAUCAGACAUCCUGAGCUGCCUUAUAAGCGUUGUGGCUGCGGCAUAAAUCGGUCUGGAAUUGGCGGCAGAGAGAAAUUUGCUGUUUUUCAGCUAAUUUCCUGCAAUUCUAUGCAUUUUUCCAUGGCGCUGAGAGCAUUUUGCAGAGGGAAAGCUAAUUUCCUGCAAUUCUAAGCAUUUCUGUGUUUUUAUGCUUAAACAUUAUAACAUAACCAAUGGGGACCCCGAUCGGUGUCCCUGGGCAUGUACCCUGCGUGCCCCGUCAGUAAUACAGCCAUUCCAAAAAUACUCCUAAAAUCAAUGGUUUUGAAUUUUUGAUUCUCCCUGACUGUCUAGCUAGCUUUUAUUUUGGUUAUUUCUAGUUCUCAAAGAUUAUAUAGGUCAAUUAUAUUAUAUCUGUCAGGGGUUAGCCAUUGAAGUUUACACUGAAAGCAUUUUAACAUCCUAAAAAUGUAUUUACAGGGAAACACUCAAAGCCCUCAAUACCCUAUCUGAGUAGUAGGAUUUUCUAAUUAUUUGAACAAGGCUGGAGAGAAUGAAGAUGAAAUAAUGAAAGGUGAGCAUGAGGGAGAAAAAGAUUGAGAGAGAGACCUACUCCCACCUGCAUUAGUUAUGUCUGAUGUUCAGCAAUUUCAGGUUCAAUUUAGUUCCAGGGAGCAGCAUUAUGUGCCCAGAAUGACUAAGUAUGUUUCUCUGAUAUGGCAGAGCCUGGUGAAUUCAAAAGUGAGCAGUGAGUCAUUUGAGUGACAGGCAUCACCUAGGGAACAGACAUUUAGAAUUGUUAGGGUAGGUACAAUGUGAAGACUAAUGGUGUUGAUAUUAGCUCAACCUUAUUCCUCUCUGACUCUCUUCUGCUCUCUCUUUCUCUCACAAACAAUCACUCACCUUAUCUGUUCACCAGACAGUAGCCAUGGGGAGAAACAGUCAGUCAAAUGAAAACAGAAAGCACAAGCCCCCAUCCCUCCCUUCCACACACCUGGUUUAACUGUGAAUUAAGUUUAGUCCCUUCCUGCCCUUGGCAUAUCCUUCCACUCUUUGUCUGAUGUGUAAUUGUGUGGGUUUGUUUGUUUGUUUGUUUUUGAACAGGGUUCAGGCCACAAUGAGUCAUCCAAUCAGAGCCUGUGCAGCGUGGGCUCUCUCAGUGACAAAGAGCUGGAGGUCAGCGUCCCACAGCUGUGACGCCAUACAUCUUUUCACUCUUGUUAGAUGAUAUUUUAUACAUCAUCCACUGUCAUAAAGUACAAUGUGUUUCUCCUACUCUUUUUCCAGACCCCAGAGAAAAAGCCUAACGACCAGAGAACGAGGAAGAGGAAAGCAGAACCGUAUGACGGCAGCCAAGGUGAGGUGUCGCUCCCUUCCUCCAUGAUCUCUCUCAUCCACCUCAGUCGUGCCUUGCCGGCAGCCAUUUUGUGUCAGAGUUGAUCAACGGCCCACAGAUUUUCUGCCUUUUUUUCUCUUCUCCAGGGAAAGGAGGAGCAAGAGGACAGAAAAUUAGUGAUUAUUUUGAGGUGAGUGUGCUCACCUAUUGUCAAAACGCAUCCAUAGCAUAGCCUACAUAAUGUAGCUUUGAAUUCCUACUCUUUUCUUCUGACCUUUCCAUUCAAUCUCUGUCAGUUUGCGGGUGGUAGCGGACCUGGUACCAGUCCUGCCAGGAGUCUCCCUCCAGUUGUCCGCUCCUCCCCACAACAUCACUCCCUCUCCAACCCCCCAGGCACGGUGAGCAUGCUCCCUCACUUCUCCCUCCUCCCUUUUCACCGUACCUUUUUUCUCCCCCCAGUUCCUAACGAACCUAUCACGUCCUUCAAACUGACCUGAAUGCAAAGCAGAAUGUUACUGUGGUCCAUGACAUGAUGUUAGUGGUAUGUCUUUGUAUCCCAGAUGCAGCAGGGCAGCCCGUCCUCUAUGGGUUCAGCCAACACAGAGCACUCAACCUGUUCCCUAAAGCCUGUCUCCCUCUACAUGAACCACAAAGCCACACAGGUAGCUGUUACCUUACACCAUCUGUACACAUACACACACAGCACUGGUGAUGUCUGUAAUAACUCCUGUAUGAUAUGACGUCUCCUUGUUUCUAAUGACUGUUUGACUCCAUCCCUAUCUUCAUCUCUCUUUCUCGUCCUCCUGUUCUCCUCCUGCAGUCUGACCUGACGGUAGAGAAGCUAACUGCUAUGGAGAACAACAAGAACUCUGACCUGGAGAAGAAGGAGGGGAGGAUAGAUGACUUACUGCGGGUGGGUACACAUCUGCUAUCAAUGCGCCUUUGUUUUCCAUUCUUUCUUCUAAUGGAAUAACAUGUUCUUGGCCUCGUGAUAAGACAGCAUUAUGAUCCAGAUAUGGAAACAGAUCUCCUCAGAAACUACCAACUAACCAAUCUUUAAAACAGCUUUGUUUAAUUAGAAGAACAAUUAAUUAAUGUGAUUUUGACUCGUGCUGUGUUCUGUUUCAGGCUAACUGUGACCUUCGACGGCAGUUGGAUGAGCAGCAGAGGAUGCUGGAGCGGUACAAAGAACGCUUGAACAAAUGUGUGACCAUGAGCAAGAAGCUGCUGAUCGAGAAAGUGAGUUCUCCCUCUGUCCCUACCACAGGCUUGGGAGUCUAGAAUACCUUAACCCAUGUCUUUUGUCUUGACCAAGGACUAGCUUUCCCCAGGUAUAAUGUGUGUGUUCGCUCCCCCCAGUCGAAGCAGGAGAAGAUGGCGUGUCGCGACAAGAGCAUGCAGGACCGUCUUCGUCUGGGUCACUUCACCACCGUCCGACAUGGUGCCUCAUUCACAGAACAGUGGACCGACGGAUAUGCCUUUCAGAACCUUAUCAAGUAAGGGCCACUCAAAAGCCUCUCUCACUCUGCAUCUCAUCCUCUCCUCCUUCAUACUCCUCCUCUCUACCCUCCUCUGUUGUUUUAAUCUCACUCUGUCUGUCUCUCUCUGUCUCUCUCACACAUAUCGGCACUAGAGGGAAAGAUAGAUUAGCUCAGCCUUACCAGCACUGACCAUCCCCGUCACCUGUCUGUCUUGUCUCUAGGCAACAGGAGAGGAUUAACUCCCAGCGAGAGGACAUAGAGAGACAGAGGAAGGCUCUGGCCAAGAGGAAACCACCCUCCAUGGCCCAGACCCCUCCCCCUAGCCUGGAGCAGAACAAACGCAAGAGCAAGGCCAACGGAGCUGAGAGCGACGCGUACGUACCUCGCCUCUUCCCCUCUCUGUUAAAAUGCAUACAUUUUCCCAGGUUUGGUUGUGUAUGAUGGUGAGUUUCUUCUUCUUACAGGUUAUCACAGGCGGAGUAUCACGAGCAAGAGGAGAUUUUCAAACUAAGACUGGGCCAUCUCAAGAAGGUAGGGUGCUGUUUACAUGCAGUGUGUGUAUAUAGUUUGUGUACUGUUGAUCUGUUGGUUCCUGUAAAAGCAGCUAAUAUGCUUGCUGUGUAUUGCAGGAGGAGGCAGAGAUCCAGGCUGAGUUGGAGAGGUUGGAGCGCGUACGGAACCUGCACAUCCGCGAGCUCAAGAGGAUCCACAACGAGGACAACUCCACGUACGUGCUCUCUACCAGUGUUACUGUGUUCUCUUAUUUGUGUGGGCUCUCUGUUUGACUUUUAAGCCAAAUAUGUCUGAUUUCCACAACAGGUUCAAAGACCACCCUACGUUGAACGACCGGUACCUACUACUCUACUUACUAGGCCGAGGGGGCUUCAGUGAAGUUUACAAGGUGAGAGCACUCUGCCCGCUCAUCAACAGUCAUUGAAACUGACCUUUUGUCAUCAUGGUCAAAAGCAUAGUUGUUAACCUAUUGAACUAAGUACAGCGACUACAUAGUCUACCACCCCGUGUAGCUCAGUUGGUAGAGCAUGGCGCUUGCAACACCAGGGUUGUGGGUUCGAUUCCCACGGGGGGCCAGUAUGAAAAUGUAUGCACUCACUAACUGUAAGUCGCUCUGGAUAAGAGCGUCUGCUAAAUGACUAAACUGUAAAAAUGGAUUUCAUAUUGGUGCCAGGUUUCUCUCAGAUAUGAUAAAGAAUAAUGGAUGUGAUGUUAGAAUUAUUUAUUUGGAAUUUAUAUUGAUGUCAUGUCUCUAUCACUUUUGAAGGCCUUUGAUCUAACGGAGCAGAGAUACGUCGCAGUCAAAAUCCACCAGUUGAACAAGAACUGGAGGGAGGAGAAGAAGGAAAAUUACCACAAGUGAGUGUUGUCUAUUUCUUAUCAUAGAUGCUUUUGGAUAAGACAGACAAACCUUUUUCUCAGAGUGAUAUGGGUAAUAAAAGCACUUUGGUUUUAAUAUUGGAGUUAAAAGGGGUCUCUCUCUGUUUCAGACACGCAUGUCGAGAGUAUAGAAUCCAUAAGGAGCUGGACCACCCGCGGAUAGUCAAACUCUACGAUUACUUUUCACUCGACACAGACUCGUAAGUCCCCCCUCUCAAACAGCAGCAGAACAUAUCCAACAAAUCUUUGGAAUAGAACAUGAGUUUCUUUGGGGGUUUCUAAUUCUGGUGUUAAUUUUUCUUUCAACUCUGUAUCCUACUGUUUUGAAACAGUACCUCACAGUUGGUUCCUUUGUCUCUCGUUGUGGAACAGGCUCUGUAUGGUUCUAAACUAAAACAGUACCACACAGCCGAUUCAACUUUCGCUCUCGUUGUUCUGUGCGGUUCUAGAGUUAAACAGUGCCACAUCCUUUCUCUCUCUCGUUACGUCACAGGGUCUGUAUGGUUCAAGAUUAAACAAUACCUCAUCGUGGGUUCCUCUGUCUCGUUGUGUUCCAGGUUCUGUACGGUUCUAGAGUACUGUGAGGGGAACGACCUGGACUUCUACCUGAAGCAGCACAAGCUGAUGUCGGAGAAGGAGGGCCGCUCCAUCAUCAUGCAGAUGGUCAACGCCCUCAAGUACCUCAACGAGAUCCGCCCGCCCAUCAUCCACUACGACCUCAAACCUGGUGGGUACACACAGCAACGGAUGGCACGGACGCUAGCAUGGCAGCAGUUACACUGCAAUAGUAUUACCAGGUCAACACUUACACUGAUGCGAUCACUUACAUGUAAAGCAAGUUGAAAAGAUGACGGCAGACUAAAACGAGACAAGAUAACUGAGUGAAAGGUCUCUUUUGACUCUUAAGGCUGGUUUACUGUUGAUCUAUCGACAUCGACAGUCUGUAGACUGUUGUCGCAGUGACAUCAUGAACAUUCUAUCGUUGUCUGACAUCAAACUUGUCGUUGUUGUUAUGAUAUGCAUGACAGCAGGGCAUUCUUUACCAUGACAACACACUACUUUUCAUCUGUCUGCGACAAGGAAACUGACAGUCUCAACGGCGGUCUACAGACAUUCCACCGGAGUAUAAAUUAAAUGUUGUUUUGACCAGCGAAACUUGUCGCAUUCUAAUUGUCUACAGACAUGUCGUUAGACCAAGUAUAAACCAGCCUUGACAGUAUAUUACUGAGAUGUCCAUGUUCAUUAUGAACUUUUGUCUUGACCUCUGAUUUGUUGUUUCCUCAGGCAACAUCCUCCUGGUGAAUGGCACAGCCUGUGGGGAGAUCAAGAUCACUGACUUCGGCCUGUCCAAGAUCAUGGACGAUGACAGCUACAACUCAGUGGAUGGGAUGGAGCUGACCUCGCAGGGUGCAGGGACCUACUGGUGAGGCUCCACACAAAAUAUAACAAUAUAAAAUUGGGAUCUUGUUUGGAUGAUCAUUCAUAUGUUAUUAUUGUGGAAAGAAUGUUGCUCUAAUAAAUAAUCUUCCCUUGCAGGUACCUUCCCCCAGAAUGCUUUGUGGUGGGUAAAGAGCCUCCUAAAAUCUCCAACAAGGUGGACGUGUGGUCAGUGGGAGUCAUCUUCUACCAGGCUCUGUAUGGACGCAAGGUAAUGCAAGCAAGCACGCACACACUACUAACUACUCUCAGAAUUGUAUUCAUACUCUUUAUAUUCCAUUAAGAGAUGAGGAUGUUUUGUGUCGCUAACUUUUACCCUUUGCUGUUUCUUUGUCGUUCCCCCCAGCCCUUUGGCCAUAACCAGUCUCAACAGGACAUCCUACAGGAGAACACCAUACUGAAGGCAACAGAGGUGCAGUUUCCCCCCAAACCAGUGGUCACUCCAGAAGCGAAGGUACUACUUGUUUUCGGUCUGUCCCUCACCUUUCUCUGUCAUUUGUUAGUCCAUUCCUUAAAUUCUUCCUCACCUGAUGUUGUUUCUCCAUCCCUCUUUCACUUGUCUGUUACUUUACACAUUCAUCUCUUUCUGCUCUGUACACAAUCUCUUCCCCAGUCACACCCUCUCUAAAUGUCCCCUCCUUAUCUCUCUCCAGGCCUUUAUAAGGCGCUGUCUGGUCUACCGGAAGGAGGACCGUAUCGAUGUGCUCCAGCUAGCCAGUGACCCCUUCCUCAUGCCUCACAUCCGCAAGUCUGUGGCCACGUCCGGGGCCUCUGGCACGGCUAUACCCUCCACCUCCAGCUCCUCCAAUAGCAGCGCCUCAAACUGAGCCGUCACUAUCGAUCUCACUAGGAACUGACUGACUGACCUGAGUGGAAGGUGGAGGUGGGGGUGGCUGCCUGAUUCAGCCCCCUCACCACUUACCAUCCUGCUAUGUCCCGCCAUGGGCUCAGCACCCCAGGGAAACCUCUUGGGUGCAGGCAGGGGGAGCGUGAGAAAUCAUGGGUGAAGGGGAGGGGAGGUAAUCUGUGUGUUCCAACUGCAACCUGGAGCCCUCCAUCCCCCAUGUCCACCCACCCAGCUUCCCUGUCUCUCCCUCCCCUGAGGGGUGGUGUUGUUCUGGGGGUCAAAGCCCUAGGGUCCCCCUACAGUGAGGAGGGGGACAUGGCACUGAGUGGAGGAGAAGUGGGGAAAUUCAACAAUUUUAGAUGAGAAGGAAAAGAGAAGAAUGGAACAGAGCUGCAUUAGCUUUGAGAAAUGGAAGGGACUGUUGGAAGACUCUGUUUUCCAUAUCAUAUACACACACACCAUGCCUCGGAGUCAUCCCAGAUAGCCUGGGUUCUCCUUUGAUAAAUGCUUUGGUUGUCAUCCAACCCCCUCCCCUGACUGACAGUACCAGUCUAGCCUGCCUUUAGACUGGACCUGAAGAAGACCUAUGGCGUUCAUUCAUUUAAGCUGCUCUCCUGGGUCCAGGUAGUUUUUGAAGGGAGGCAUGCGCUCCCCUCACUCCCCCGUGUCUGUUUUAAAUCCUAUGACCAAAGCUUAAGACUUCCAGAUGGUGGCGCUGUUCCGCUGCAGUUUUUAUAUUGGUUCUAGUUGUGUUACAUGAUAUAUGAAGUGGAAAAGUAAUGAAUGGUCCCUUUUUUUAAGAAUUGUUACUUUUAUGUUUACCCAAUUUUAAGGAAAACAGCAAUUGGUGGUUUUUAAAUUUUUCUUUUUUUUGUCCUAUUCUCUUUUCAGUAAUUGCCCUCUUCAUGAAAACACAUAUUUAUUUAGGUCUGUUUUAAUGAAUCUUUUGCCAAUAAAAUGCAAGGGACUGGUUUAUCCAUUGUACUGUACUGUUGGGAGGAGAUUGGGCCUUAGCAGAGAAUUGCAUAAACCAUUAAAUACUAUUGGUUAAACUGUGAUCUGAGUGUUUUUGGUGGUUUCGGUUGGGUUGUUUCACUC